UAACCAAUAACGAGCUUUGUUACAGUUUCCAUGGGAAACUGAAAUCACACUCAUGUCCUCCUUCGUCCGCAACUUUGAUGAUACUAGCAAAGAGAUUCGAAAUAGCGACUAGCUAGCAAGGCGAAGCUUAUUCUGUCCAGGAUGUUUUCUUACACACGUCAAUUUACCAGACAAGAAAGAGAAAUUACGGAAAGUGAUAAGAAAAUGAUUGCAAGGGUUUUUGAGAAGUGUGACGAGGACAAGAAGGGGUACCUGAGCAGAGAAGAUGUGAAAAUGGCAGUGGUUAUGCUGUUUGGAUACAAACCAUCAAAGUCAGAAACAAACUUCUUCAUGGAGCAUGCUCUGCAAGGCAAUUUGCCAGGUGUCCCACUGGAUCUGCUGAUAUCUCUCAUGGGGAAGAAGUUGGCGGUGGCGGAUCAGUAUGACAGAACGAGGCACAUCUUCAACGCCUUCGACGUGCACUGUCGUGGUUAUUUAACGAUGGAGGACUUCCAGAAGGCUUUCAUCCGAGUGGCUCCACAUCUGCCGCAGAGAACGGCGCAGGAGGCGUUUCGGGAGGUGGACCGAGACUCGGACGGCCAUGUCAGCUUCAAGGACUUUGAGCACGCCAUCAGCUACGGGCGAGACAACCUCUAGCUGCUGAGUAAUUGUAGGACUCGCCGAGAAAAUGUUAUUCAUUUAAGGUCGGAAACUAUGGUCAUUAUACAGCAGCGGGGGUGCCUAGUCCUGGGCCGGGGAUGACUGCAGUGUCUGCAUGUUACUGUCUCACCAAAGCACUUACAUACCCAAUUCAGCUAAUUAUCGUUUUCAUUGAACCAAUUUAAGUACUAUUCCCAGCUCUCAGACAGUUAGUAAUUUAGAGCAAGCGAGGAAAACCCGCUAUAGAGCUCAGCAAGACCAGGAUUGGCCACAGCCAUUUCGCUGCAUAGGCAACAGUAGCGGUGAAAUUCAAAAGUCCUGGAAUGUUUCUGCUUGUCGUAGUCUCGCUUUGUGUUCAUGCGGGGAAGCCCAAAAUAUCACUAUCGUGCAGUUGUUCGUCACGCUGUGUUGAAAAGGCUCAUUUGACUUGGCUGAAUGUACACACUCAGAAGACGCUCUCCCUCUUUAUCCUUUUGAUGUGUUCAGCCUUUUAUGCUGCACUAGUCUGCCAGUGUGUACAGGAUGCUUUUUUGUGCAUGGUGUUUGUCACUUCCGAGCUAUUAAACUGCAUCUUUAGAGCUGUACGUCUUUUAGCCCCCUCACUAAGUACUCUUCCACCUGAGAAAUGGGCGGGUUGCAUUAAAAUUGAAUAUUAACAGUCAUAAUAAGAUUCUUUUUUGAAUCAUUUUUACACAAGCUUCUCCGCUGCUGUAUAUUUUUAAAAAACCCAAACGUAUAUUUCCAGGGGAUUUCCAAGGUUCCUCUUGUUACGUAUGAUUAUGGAAUUGUAAAUACUUGUUUGUGUUUUGAGAGAUUUACUGUACUCCCGUCUGAAUAAAGAUGAAUCUGUUUUUGUCA